AUGGGUAAAAGAAAGGCCAAGACACAGGAGCUUGAGAAGAGAAAGAAAAUAAAACAAGCCCAGGACGCCCAACUUUCAACUGGUUUAUUCAAUGGAGAUAUCGACGAGGAGACGUAUGUCAAUGGUCAUGAUUGGGAGAAUGAAGAACAGGACUAUGAAUUAAGGCCGAGAAAGAUGAAAGAGAAACAUCUUAUUGAAGCAUCAUUACCAAUCAAAAGAGAAGAUGGCAGAAUAGAGAGAGUCAUGAGGGAAGUCGAGGAAAAAGAAGAGGAGGAAGAAGAAGAAGAAGAAGAGCAAGCGAGACAAGAGGAACAACAAAAGCAACAGGAGCAACAGGAGCAAGGGCAACAGGAGGAGGAUGAAGACGCACACCUCUCACCAAGAGAAAAAUUGAUCAAAACAAAGGAAGAGAUUGCUGAGCUUGGUUCAAAAUUGAUCGAAAAUCCUGAAGAAAAUAUUGCCUGUUUAACUCGUUUACGCAAAAUGAGUGAAUCAAAAAACUUCAUGACUUCACAAUUGGCAAUAAUGGCUCUUUUACCCAUUUUCAAAUCAUUGGCGCCAUCAUACAGGAUAAGAUCAUUGACUGACGCUGAAAAGAGAGAAAAAGUGAGUCGAGAUGUGGCAAGAUUACGUCAAUAUGAGCAAACCUUGGUUGUCAACUAUAAAGCUUACCUUGAUUUACUUUCUACAUGCUCGAAAAUCUCCUACUCCAACUCAGCUAAUAACGACAAAAUAACCACCGAUCAAUUGAAGAGGGGUAAUCUAGCGUUGAAAGCUGCCACCGAAUUGUGCACAUCGUCGUUAAGACAUUUCAACUACAGAAAAGAGUUGUUUACAAUAUUGAUCAAAAGACUCAAUCGAAAACCAGCAUUUGAACAAGACGUUCCAGUGUUUAUCAAGUCGGUGCGUGCAUUGGAGACAUUACUUAAAGAUGAUGAAGAACAUGGAGAUAUUACAGUGGACAUUAUAACCAUCUUGACGAAAACCAUCAGAGACAAGAAAUACCGGGUUGAUGAGUCUGUCGUCAACAUUCUUUUAUCAGCUUCGUUAUUGGCAGACUAUUCCCCCAACGACGAUGAAGACAAACCAAAGAUAAAAAUGAAAAAGAAAGAUCGGGUGCAUUUAUCAAAAAAGGAGAGAAAGAAUAGAAAGGAACGUAAAGAGAUUGAGGAGGAAAUUCGCCAAGCACAGCAAGCAAUCACCGUUGAACAACGUGAGAAAUAUCAAGCCCAAGUGUUGAAAAUGAUUCUUAUGUGCUAUUUGGAAAUUUUAAAAGCUAGUCAAGAUGAUGAAACUCAAGAAGGACAAAACGCGUUGCCUUUAAUUGGGAGUGCAUUGAGAGGAUUAUGCAAGAUUGCCCAUUUGAUCAAUGUCGAUUUAGUUGCCGAUGUAUUUUUGACAGUUAGAGGAAUCAUGAUGGAUAUAAUUGAGGAAUUCAACACCAAAAUGCUAGGGGAUUGCAUACAUGCUCUUUUGAAUACUGGAAACCGAAGACAACAAACAGUACUGGAGCCCACUGAAAUACUGCAGUUGUUACAAUCAAUGAAGUUGCACACUCCAGAAAUUGCAACAUUGCGGUUGAUAUACGAAUUUAUAAGUCGCUAUGGUGAUAAAAGAGAGGACGAGUCAUGGGAAGAUGUAUUGUUGGAUAGUCAUUAUUGUCCAAUGGUGAAAGAGUUGAAGAAACAGAGGUGA